GUUGCUUUUUCGGUGCAUUCACCGUGGCGCUGCGUCGAGAUGGAGGUGCCUCGUCAGAUGGGCGACAGCAGGGCGUUGGGCACCAGGUUGCUUAAGAAGGUCUUGGCUGAGGUGAGGGCGUCGGAGAAGAGGCAGGACCGGACAGAGGAGCCCGACGAGGUGGAUCUGCAAGAGGGCGUGCAAUUCUGGCCCUUCGAGGCGCCCUGGUGGCCCGAACCUGGCAUGGUGAGUGACAGCCGUGUGUGGCAGAAGACGCCAGUGAUGCUUAAGGCACGGCAGCAUCGGAUCUGUGUGUGUGCCUUUUUUUUGACGCAGGAGAAGGUGCGUGACGGCGAUGAGGUGCUGUACCCCUACCCAAGCAUGAUCGUCAGCAACGGUGGGUAACACUCCAGCAAUGUGUGUGUGGCUCCAUGGAUCUCUGUGCCUGUCUGCAGGCAUGAGCGUGGACGCCUUCGAGCGGCCCGUGAGUGUGGGCCGCCAGUCGCCCCUCGAGGGGCUGAGCUGUGUUGUGGCCUGCCCCAUCAAGGCGUCAGACGCCGUGAGCGACCAACAAACACACAUACACAGCGAGGGAGGCGUCAUGGAGUGAUGUGGGUGUGGUGUGUUGAUAUCUGUCUGCAGUCGAGGGGCGUGACGGUGCGCGACUUCGUGACGGCACUCGAGCAGUGUGAGGAUCCCAACACCGGCGACAAUGAAGAGUGUGAGGACUCGGAGGGCUUCAUCGAGGAGUGGGAGCAACAGCGCUCCGCCGCCAAUCUGCUUCGACCCGACAUAGAGGGCGGAGGAAAGACCGGGUGAGUGAGAGAGCGGCGGACACCGCACCACAACACACCGAGCGUGUGUUUCUAUGCAGGUUUCUCAUCAAUAUGGUGCGGGUGGCUACGGGGCGCUAUCGCGUCAUUUGGGACGAUUCCAAGUGAGGUCGCCCGAUAUAUAUAGGCGUCGUGCCGAUCCAUUCGACGAGUGACAACAUCAGCCAGCACUUUCAUAAUAAUAUGUCCUGUCCGUUGCUGGCGGCGGGCUGUCUGUAGGAUGGGAUGCAUGAGAGCGGUCGCAUGCCCCUGCUAGAGGCAGCUCGCCGCCUCUCUAUGCAAUGACUACAGCUGUGCAUACUUAUAUUGUGUUGUGUUGGAGGGGGGAAGUGAGAAAGACAUCAGAUUCUUCUUCUUCUUUUCCUCAACGGCCUAUCUUUGCCGAUGGUGUUCCCCGGCGUGUCGUGACUCGGCCUCUGGCUGGUUUGGUGGUGCACCGUAUCGAUGUAUGUCUGCACUGUAGACGGCAUGGGUGGGACGAGCUGGGCGAAAGAAGCAGCAGAUGGACUCACUUUGUGCCUGCCUACUUCCUCUUAUGCACAGCGAAGGAACGAGAGAGCAGAGAAAGAGGGACGUACGGGAAAAAACUACGGAUGGAUCUGUAUGUAUGAGGUUGUAUGUAUGUAUGUACUUGUGUUUGUGUAUAGUUUGUGUGAGCAUGUAUGUCAUCACGCCGGCAGGCAGGCAAUUCACACGCGCAGGUAUCUGU